AUGACUGAAACUAAAACAAACACAAUUCAGCACUCAAAAACAAAGCAAAAUAAAGCAAAUGACACAGAUAGAUUUCCUAAAGAUCUCGAGGAUAUUGACAAAAGAAUAAUAAUUAAUGAACAAAAAAUUCAAUAUGUAUCAAAAAUUCUUGAGGACCAUUAUGGAGGAAGGUUAACAGUAGAUUUGUUACGAAUGUUUGCUCGUCGUCUCUCGAAAUCAAUCAAUAAAUUUCUUGAUCCAUAUGCGAACAAAAAUAGACUUGGACUUCUAUGCUGGUAUGCAGAAAAUUGGGAUGAAUUAAAAUCCCACUUAGACGAAUAUAUUCCUUCACACUCAGUCAAAGCAAAUAAAAAAGAACUCGAUAGUUUAAUAGAAUAUCCAAAUCCAAUAGAUCCAUCUGAUAUUAACCAGUUAAUUAAUUUUCAUUGA